CUUUGGGGGGGAGGGAAUUCAGCGGAUCAGUGUCUUAGAGGAGCUUUUUUUUUUUUUUAGAAGAGAGAGAAAUCAUAUAAAAUAAAAUGAAAUAAAACAAGGAGGAAGGCAAUCAGCUGUUAGAGGGGGGAAAUAAGGCAGAUAAAGGAGCGGGGAGAGAAAUUAAUUGCCAACCAGGAGGAGUUGGGCUGUAUUUUUCAAAGGUGGGGGGAGUGGAGCACACACCUUGAGGAGGGAAGCGAGAAAGAAAAGAAAAAAGCAAGUGGAAGGGGGGGCUCGCCCAAGAAGGGUGAAGAAGCGAAGAAAGUCGAGGCGCCGAGGCUCCCAAAGCUGGCAGCUCCGGGCGGCGGUGCAGGGGCGAAGGGGGGGCGGGGGGGACCGUCGGACAUGCGGCUCUGGAGUUGGGUGCUGCGCCUGGGGCUGCUGAGCGCCGCGCUGGGCUGCGGGCUGGCCGAGCGCCCCCGCCGGGCCCGGAGAGACCCGCGGGCGGGCCGCCCCCCGCGCCCCGCCGCCGGCCCGGCCACCUGCGCCACCCGGGCGGCCCGCGGCCGCCGCGCCUCGCCGCCGCCGCCGCCGCCGCCGCCGCCGGGCGGUGCCUGGGAAGCCGUGCGCGUCCCCCGGCGGCGGCAGCAGCGGGAGGCGAGGGGCGCCGCCGAGGAGCCGAGCCCGCCGAGCCGGGCGCUCUAUUUCAGCGGGCGAGGCGAGCAGCUGCGCCUCCGGGCCGACCUCGAGCUGCCCCGGGACGCGUUCACGCUGCAAGUGUGGCUGCGAGCGGAGGGGGGCCAGAGGUCUCCGGCGGUGAUCACAGGGCUAUAUGACAAAUGUUCAUAUACCUCGCGUGACCGAGGAUGGGUCGUGGGAAUUCACACCGUCAGUGACCAAGGCAACAGAGACCCACGCUACUUUUUCUCCCUGAAGACAGACCGGGCCCGGCAGGGGACCACCAUCCAUGCGUACCGCAGCUACCUCCCAGGCCAGUGGGUACACCUAGCUGCCACCUACGACGGGCGGCUGAUGAAGCUCUACGUGAAUGGCGCCCAGGUGGCAACCUCCGGGGAGCAGGUGGGCGGCAUAUUCAGCCCGUUGACCCAGAAGUGUAAAGUGCUCAUGCUGGGAGGCAGCGCUCUGAAUCACAACUAUCGGGGCUAUAUCGAGCGCUUCAGUCUGUGGAAGGUGGCCAGGACUCAGCGGGAGAUACUGUCGGAUAUGGAAACCCGUGGCCUCCACACGCCUCUACCUCAGCUCCUCCUCCAGGAGAACUGGGACAAUGUGAAGCGCGCCUGGUCCCCCAUGAAGGAUGGCAGCAUCCCCCAAGUGGAACACAGCGGUGCCCACGGCUUCCUGCUGGACACGAGUCUGGAGCCUCCGUUGUGCGGGCAGACGUUGUGUGACCACACAGAGGUCAUCGCCAGCUACAACCAGCUCCCGCGAUUCCGCCGGCCCAAGGUGGUGCGCUACCGCGUGGUCAACCUCUACGACGACAGCCGCGAGAACCCCACGGUGAGCCGCCAGCAGAUUGACUUCCAGCACCGGCAGCUGGCCGAGGCCUUCAAGCAUUACAACAUCUCCUGGGAGCUGGAGGUGCUGGAGGUGAGCAACUCCUCCCUGCGCCACCGCCUCGUGCUGGCCAACUGUGACAUCAGCAAGAUCGGGGACGAGAACUGCGACCCCGAGUGCAACCACACGCUGACCGGCCACGACGGCGGGGACUGCCGCCACCUACGCCACCCCGCCUUCGUGAAGAAGCAGCACAACAGGGUGUGUGACAUGGACUGCAACUAUGAACGGUUCAACUUUGACGGCGGAGAGUGUUGUGACCCCGAGAUCACCGACGUCACCAAGACUUGCUUCGACCCCGACUCUCCGCACAGAGCAUACUUGGAUGUUAAUGAACUGAAGAACAUUCUUAGACUGGAUGGAUCAACACACCUUAAUAUCUUCUUUGCAAACUCCUCGGAGGAGGAAUUGGCAGGAGUAGCAACUUGGCCAUGGGACAAGGAGGCCCUAAUGCACUUAGGUGGCAUUGUCUUGAACCCGUCUUUCUAUGGCAUUCCUGGGCAUACCCACACCAUGAUCCAUGAGAUUGGGCACAGCCUGGGUCUCUACCACAUCUUCCGAGGCAUCUCAGAGAUCCAGUCUUGCAGUGAUCCCUGCAUGGAGACGGAGCCCUCCUUUGAGACUGGUGACCUCUGCAGUGACACCAACCCGGCCCCCAAACACAAGUUCUGCGGUGACCCGGGGCCAGGGAAUGACACCUGUGGCUUCCAUAGCUUCUUCAACACCCCUUACAACAACUUCAUGAGCUAUGCAGAUGACGACUGUACGGACUCCUUCACGCCCAAUCAAGUUGCCAGAAUGCACUGUUACCUGGACCUGGUGUACCAGAGCUGGCAGCCCUCCAGGAAGCCGGCGCCUGUUGCCCUGGCCCCCCAGAUCGUGGGCCACACGACCGACUCCGUGACGCUGGAGUGGUUUCCGCCCAUCGAUGGCCACUUCUUUGAAAGAGAAUUGGGAUCAGCAUGUGAACUUUGUCUGGAAGGGAGAAUCCUGGUGCAGUAUGCCAUUAAUGCCUCCUCCCCGAUGCCCUGUGGCCCAUCAGGACACUGGAGUCCUCGGGAAGCAGAAGGUCAUCCAGAUGUUGAACAGCCCUGUAAGUCCAGUGUCCGCACCUGGAGCCCAAAUUCAGCUGUCAACCCACACACAGUCCCUCCAGCCUGCCCUGAGCCACAGGGCUGCUACCUUGAACUGGAAUUUCGCUACCCUUUGGUCCCUGAGUCUUUAACCAUAUGGGUAACCUUUGUCUCCACUGACUGGGACUCUAGUGGGGCUGUCAAUGACAUCAAACUAUUGACUGUCAGUGGGAAGAACAUCUCCCUGGGCCCUCAGAACGUCUUCUGCGAUGUCCCAUUGACCAUCAAACUCCGGGAUGUGGGUGAGGAGGUGUACGGCAUCCAGAUCUACACAUUGGAUGAGCACCUGGAGAUUGAUGCGGCCAUGUUGACCUCCAUUCCUGACAGCCCGCUCUGCCUAGAGUGUAAGCCCCUGCAGUACAAGGUGGUCCGGGACCCUCCUCUCCAGGUGGAUGUGGCCUCCCUUCUACACCUCAAUAGAAGAUUCAUGGACACGGAUCUCAGUCUUGGCAGUGUGUACAAAUACUGGGUCAUCACCAUUUCGGGAAGUGAAGAGAGUGAGCCAUCACCUGCUGCUGUAUACAUCCACGGGAGUGGAUAUUGUGGCGACGGCAUUAUCCAGAAAAGCCAAGGUGAAGAAUGUGAUGAUAUGAAUAAGCUCAAUGGGGAUGGCUGCUCCCUUUUCUGCCGAAAGGAGGACUCCUUCAAUUGCAUUGAUGAACCCAGUCGGUGCUAUUUCCAUGAUGGUGAUGGAGUAUGUGAGGAGUUUGAACAGAAAACUAGCAUCAAGGACUGUGGGGUCUACACACCACAGGGGUUCCUCGAUCAGUGGGCGUCCAAUGCUUCAGUAUCACAUCAGGACCAGCAGUGCCCAGGCUGGGUCAUCAUCGGCCAGCCAGCAGCCUCCCAGGUGUGUCGAACCAAAGUGAUAGAUCUCAGUGAAGGCAUUUCCCAGCAUGCCUGGUACCCUUGUACCAUCAGCUACCCAUACUCCCAGCUGGCUCAGACCACUUUCUGGCUCCGGGCAUACUUUUCUCAGCCAAUGGUUGCUGCUGCUGUCAUUGUCCACCUGGUGACUGAUGGGACAUACUAUGGGGACCAGAAGCAGGAGACCAUCAGCGUCCAGCUGUUUGACACCAAAGACCAGAGCCACGAUCUGGGCCUCCAUGUCCUGAGCUGCAGGAACAAUCCCCUGAUUAUCCCUGUGGUGCAUGACCUCAGCCAGCCCUUCUACCACAGCCAGGCGGUACGUGUGAGCUUCAGUUCACCCCUGGUCGCCAUCUCGGGGGUGGCCCUCCGCUCCUUCGACAACUUUGACCCCGUCACCCUGAGCAGCUGCCAGAGAGGGGAGACCUACAGCCCUGCCGAGCAGAGCUGUGUGCACUUCGCAUGUGAGGCCGCUGACUGCCCAGAGCUGGCGGUGGAGAACGCCUCUCUCAACUGCUCCAGCAGCGACCGCUACCACGGCGCCCGGUGUACCGUGAGCUGCCGGACAGGCUACGUGCUCCAGAUCCAGCGGGAUGACGAGCUCAUCAAGAGCCAGACGGGACCCAGCGUCAUGGUGACCUGCACCGAGGGCAAGUGGAACAAGCAGGUGGCGUGUGAGCCAGUGGACUGUGGCGUCCCGGACCAGCAUCACGUCUACGCCGCGUCCUUCUCCUGCCUUAAAGGCACCACCUUUGGUAGCACGUGCUCCUUCCAAUGCCGUCACCCUGCGCAAUUGAAAGGCAACAACAGCCUGCUGACCUGUAUGGAGGAUGGACUGUGGUCCUUCCCGGAGGCCCUGUGUGAGCUCAUGUGCCUAGCUCCACCCCCGGUGCCCAACGCAGACCUCCAGACAGCCCGGUGCCGAGAGAACAAGCACAAAGUGGGCUCUUUCUGCAAGUACAAGUGCAAACCUGGAUACCACGUGCCUGGCUCCUCCCGGAAGUCAAAGAAACGAGCCUUCAAGACUCAGUGUACCCAAGAUGGCAGCUGGCAGGAGGGAGCUUGUGUUCCUGUGACUUGUGACCCACCUCCGCCGAAAUUCCAUGGGCUCUACCAGUGCACAAAUGGCUUCCAGUUCAACAGCGAGUGUAGGAUCAAGUGUGAAGACAGCGAUGCUGCCCAGGGACAUGGGAGCAACGUCAUCCACUGCCGGAAAGAUGGCACCUGGAGCGGCUCCUUCCACAUCUGCCAGGAGAUGCAAGGCCAGUGCUCAGCCCCAGACCAGCUCAACAGCAACCUCAAACUGCAGUGCCCGGACGGCUACGCCAUCGGGUCGGAGUGUGUCGCCUCGUGCCUGGACCACAACAGCGAGUCCAUCAUUCUGCCAGUGAACGUGACUGUACGUGACAUCCCCCACUGGCUGAACCCCACCCGGGUGGAGAGAGUUGUCUGCACGGCUGGUCUCAAGUGGUAUCCUCACCCUGCUCUGAUUCAUUGUGUCAAAGGCUGUGAGCCCUUCAUGGGAGACAAUUACUGUGAUGCCAUCAACAACCGGGCUUUCUGCAACUACGAUGGUGGGGACUGCUGUGCCUCUACGGUGAAGACCAAAAAGGUUACCCCAUUCCCUAUGUCCUGUGACCUACAAGGUGACUGUGCUUGUCGGGACCCCCAGGCCCAAGAACACAGCCGGAAAGACCUCCGGGGAUACAGCCAUGGCUAAGGAAGGACAAGGAGUUGACAAAGAAUUCCCAGCGCCAGGACCCGCAUCCCUUUGGUAUUGAUUUCACAGUCAGCUGCUCAACGGAAUGGCCUCCCCACACCAGGGAUCCUUAGCACCCAACCGGUCUGCCUUUAAUUUCACCCAGGAAGGACUCAUAGUAGGGGCGCAUGAACCAAGUCUCGCCAUGUUGAAGGAUGGAAUGGAAUCCCAUCCCAAAGUCUUAGAUGGAUUGCAUAUACAAGUGUGCUGUCCCAGAGCCUAAAAUUCAAAUCAUUUGUCACACAGCCACAGCAAGAAACAUGUUAUACAGUUAGGAGUAUGCACAUAUGUGGUUAGUACACAUGCAUGCAUACGUACCCCAACAGACAUCUGUGUGAGGGCAGUUUUGGAGACUGAGCGGAGAGAGACGGGAACAAACUCAGUCUUCCCUUUCCCAAGCUCCUAGUCAAUACUGUCCUUGGGAGAAGAACAGUUGCAGAAACUAAGACCAAGUGUUGUCAAGAUAGCUUGUACUCUGAGGCUUGGAACAUGUCAGGCAUGCACUGUUGUGCAGUCCUUUGGGAUUAGAAGUGAAAUGGUCUCUGAUCACCUACCUUCUAGGGAAGUAGAACCCAGGAUGAGGUAAAGAAUCCAAGGUAUGCAAAGCCCCCUAAUUCUUCUGCUGCCGUGGGGGGAUUUUACCCCAACUCCAGGGUUAAGGCCAAGCUGGAAAUGGCAUAGGGUUGCAGUGUCAAGGUAUUAUAACAGCCCCCUGCUUGAGGCCAUAAUAUCCCUCCAGAACCCACCCAUUCCCCAAAUCUUGCCUUGGGACCACAUUCGCUGCUACUUUUCCUGCUGCUCUAUCCUAUACAUUGAGUACCCCCAAGAUGGUAGGACUAGGUUAGGAAAAACCCCACACAACCAAACAGUCUGCCUUAAGAGUGACCCACAUCUUCCCACAGCUCCUCACUUCUUAGCCCUUCCGCAAGAGAAAAACCCUCAUUGGCCCACAUGGUGAGAAGUUAAAUCCCCCAUGGGUGGGCUUCUCAUCCUAGGAGGGAGUAGAGGGACUAGAGAUACUAAAACCCUCACUGAGAGUCCAGAAUGUCUGAGCCAGUGUUAGAUUUUAUAAUCAAGUGGACCAGUGUUAAAUAUGCUGUUGGGGCCAUCCAGAGACUGCUGGAAUUGUGGGGACUCUUGAGUUAUUAUCCUUAUCCCAGCCUUCCUGGCCCUCCAGGCUACAUCAGGCUCUGGUGCUGAGGACCUCACGGUUGCCCUGAGCAGCAUUCUAGAACAGAGAAUCAUUUUGGAUAUGAUCAAUCUGAGCUGUGUUCUUGAGGGCCCUCAGAGGGAAGCUAAAGAGCACACAGCGUCAGUCCCCAACAACCAAACAUGGUCAUCAUGUUCUUCACAUAGUCUUCCAGCUGUCAGGACUCCCAUCCACACCUGUGGUUGGUCCGCCCUUCCCUCUUACCCAGGUUCAGCCUCCAAAAGUUGAGAGGGAGGUAGUCCAUUGCAUGUGGAAGCCCCUACCUCAUUGGGGUCCUCUUUGCCUGUUUUCCACCAGUUACUUGUCCGCUCCUUUUGAAUUAAUAUGGGAAGAAAUUAAUAUGGAAAGAGGUGGCGAGAAUGGUCAAGCUGGACAUAAUUUCUAGACCUGGAACUGAGAAAAUGAGGCAGUAGGAGGGUAUCACAUAAAGAUUGCUGUAAAUCAUGUCAUCUCAAAUCUAGUGAAAGCAACCAACAAAAACAAAGUCUAGCACAGGAAUGGGAAACCCCAGGCAUGUGUGCUGACUCCUCAUUGCUGCACCUGAGGCAGUCAUUGUUAAUCAGUCAUCGUCCUUUCUCCUAUGGGGACCAAAAAUAACUUCAGGAACCUUCUUCCUGUAUUACUCCUGACAACAAUUACCUGCUGACCAAGAGCACUUGAGAAGACCUCUAUCAGCCAAUAUAUACAUAUAUCAAGGUGCUUUUUGCACAGGUGCCCACAAAUGAUGCAGUGCUUAGAUUCGUGUGGCUUGUUCCGUGUUCCAAACUCUGAGACUGGGUUCCAGAAUGGAGAAGCUGCCACCAUGGUUAAGGACAGACUCAAAUCCCUUAUAUUUCCUUCUUACAACCUCACAUCUCAUUUAUAUUCAGAUCAUUUUCUAUAGUUACCAGGGCCAAUCAUUAGCAAAACCAUCCUCAAAAUCGGAAGACUUGAUCCCAUUUUGUACUCCCUCCAGUAUCUUAGGACUCUUGCCAACUUCUAAAGCCCCUCUCUUGCCCUAGCUGAGUUAUCAGCAUGUGUGGUCAGCUGACAAGAUAUAAACUAAGAAAGGUAAUGGUAUGGGCCCUCCCAAUUGCUUUAUCAUGCAUGGAAGUAGUGCAAAAAGUCUUGGAGACCCAAAGUCGCCAUUACUAAUGGUGGGGUUGCAGGAACCACAGAAAAACCUCACCGGCUUCCCUUAAAUUGACCCUCGUGGUCUUUCUUCCUUCACUCUCACCCUGUCUAUGCCCAUACUCUCCAGCUGAGCAAAGUUUCCUAGAGGCUGACUUCGAUCUUCAAACUCACAGAUUGAGUUGAGCAAAGAACCACCCAGUCUCCUCCUUACCAUCAAUCAAACCUGUUACAAUGAUAUUAGGCAAGAUAGGCUACCCGACUGAUGACCAGCCUCAUGCUCACGUGGGAGGCCCUUCUCAAAACUUAGAGAAAGAGACUCAGUUCUAUUUGUGCGAGGCACUGAUUUCCGGCUUCAUUUUCUUUCUGGGAAUGAACUCAUGAUCUUAUCCCUUUGAUCAUUUCCUGCUUAGGAUAAUGGAGUACUCACAAGGAGGCAGGUCUGAAGCACUGUUGUCUAUCAGCAGCUCAGGGGCCCUAAAGCAGUUGGGGGUUCUGGGUUGAAGAAGUAUUAGCCUGUUGGCAGCAAGAAAGAAAAGAUGAGGAAGACAGUUCUCCAAACCCUGUUUUGGGAAGCCUUUCCAAGCCACAACCCUAACUGCAUGCCCAGAGGACUUGCAUUACCCCCAUAGUCUGUGCCAACCACCUCUUAAGGGAAGAUAGUCCUUGGGAAGUCCAUUUUGGUGGCUAAAUUAGGGUGUUAAGAAAGGGAGCUAUCAUAAAUAAAUAGGGCUUUGAAGAUGGAGGGUAUGCGCUGCUACUCCGGGCUUCAGCAUGUUGAGUCACUGCCUAGACGGUUCUCUUGGCCUUUUUCCCACCUUGGCCAAUGCUUAAAUGCUAUUUGUUGAAAAUAAUUCUUUCAGACAGAUUUCAGCUACCUCCCUUCCAGGUUCAAUUUAACUUGGUUGUAACUGUCAAUUUGUUAUAGGUCUUACCUGUGUUUUAAAAAGAAAAAGAAAGAACAAAAGAAAGAAAAAGGAAGGAAGGAAGAAAGGAAACCAUAAAUUCAAGUGAACAGUUUUGAGGUUUUAUGUUUUGUGGUUGUUUUUGUUUUUUUUUUCUGGAACUACUUCAAGUGGGAAAAUAAAAAGAAAUUGACGGUAAGAAAGCUGUACAGAUAGAGAUUGAUAGAAGACAAAGAUUAAAAGGAAAUAAAAUGCAUGAUUAAAAAUAAGAAUUAAAAAAAAAACAAACCUAUUUUUGUGCUUCCUAAAAGGAACUGUUUAUUCUACAGACUAGUAGGUAGACACAACCAUAAAAAUUUUCCCUAGCAGGAGACAUAAAGCGGGAUCUUAUAAUGCUGUUAUUUUCUGUACAUUGUGGUAGGUCCAGGAAUAAGACCUCUUCCCCCUUGAUAUGUAGUUGUCGUUGUCGGGGGAGCAUUUUGUCUAUUUGUUUGGUGGCAAUCAGUGGUAGCCGGGAGUAGGGAGGGCUGGAAAUUGGUUUUACCUAAUAUUAAGGGGACAUAGUGUGUUGUGCUUUUCACGUUAUAAAAUGUUUGUAUUUACCAGUAGAGCACUGGGCUUUAUAAAGACUGCACUUAGAAUCACACUGCACGAUCCACUUUCCUAAAAAAGCUGCUACAUGACCAGACAGGUACUUCCCAUGGUUUUUGAGAAACAAAACAAAAUCAACCAAGCAAUCAGCAAAUGCAAAGACUAAAUAGCAAAUGAAUAAAAGCCUAUUCUUGUAACUUAUUUACGUUUUGCCAAAUUCCUACCAAUGGUUUGAUCUUUAAAAGAUUUGUAUAAUAGCCGAGAGAGGAGUUAUGUCUCUAGAGAAAGAACCUGGAAUUCUUGACUCCAGGCUUCCGUUUGCUCAGUGAUCUUGAACAAGUCCUCAGAUAGCUUCUCCAUUUGCCUCAGUUUCUCCAGCUGCAAAAUGGGGAUGAUACUACUUACCUACCUCACAGUGGGAUGGCAGGGGAUGGUGAGGCCCUGAGGAUUUUAAAGGGGCUGUGGCAAUCUGUGAGAGACACAAAGUCCGUGGGUUACUUUUUAAGAAUGCACAGGCCCAUUGGCCAUUUAAGAAAGACAGGGAGUGCUCAUGUGAUAGUUCAAGGAAGAAAGCUGGAGCUCCUGGAUUUUAUAAUCCACCUUAAGAGAGAGGCUUGUAUUUGGGAAUAUUUCACUCCUAGGUACAUUGGAUUUUCUCCUCCCCUGUGCUGGCCUUUACCAGUUCUAGAAUUUGAUUAAAAGCCAAUUACAUCUUACAGUGUAAAAGUCAGUUUACUGUGGUCUAGUCAAGACUCAUGGGCCAUUUCCAACCUCAUGGAGGAAGGGAGUCACUAAAAUCUCAUCUUCUUCUCAGACUUAAGAUUCCACAUCAAGUGUUCAUUAAAAGAAGAUAUGGCAUUCUGAGUGCUAACAACUCGGGGCUUCUCAAACUAAUACACCAGCAGUCAGUGAGGAGAAUUUUGAACAAUUAUUGAGUUGCUUUCUUGGGUCUCUAUAAUCAAUAACCUGUCCGCAGAUAUCUAUCUAUAUAAAGAUAUUAUAUAUAAAUAUAAAUUUACAUAUAUAUGCACAUGUAUAUAUAGUUGUACAUAUAUGUGUGUAUAUAUAUACUUAAAUGUAAUAUUUACAAAAUAAAACUGUGAUCUCGUCUAGAGAAAAUGUAUUCAUAUUACAAACUGCUCUUCCAUAUUUAUGUAUCAUAUUAUACCUUUUUAUUAUUGUUAUAAUUAUUAUGGGUAUUUCUAAUUGUUAUGAUGUUGAAAUCUGUUUGGCACCUUCUGGAAACUACCAAAAAUGAUUCUCCAUUGAAGUGCUUAAAAAUCUGUUCUCAUGAGAAUUCUACUGGCCUACUACUAUAAAAAAAGUAAAAAAAAAAAAAAAAAAUCUAAACACCAAAAACAAAACACAAUUCCAAUCCUUUUUCUGUACCUCACGCGCAUAAAUUUGCUGCUCCUAUUUUGGGUUUUAUUUUUUUUUCCUGUUUAUGUGUUUUUAUGGAUCUAAGUUAAGUCUUUCAGCAAUAUAUAAAAUUGUAAAUAGUAAACUUUAUUUAUUAAGAAUGUCAUCUUUUUUAAUUUAUAUUUACACAAUUGUUCAUCUAAUUUAUUUUUUCUAUACGGUUUUAAAUACUCAGACAUAUUUUGCUGUUCAUGAUAUUUUUAUCCUGUUCUCGUGGAUUUGUGUUUCCAUACUGUUUUCUCUGGUCUCAAUUACAGGUUGGAUCUCACACACAAAAAAAUAAUGUCAAAGACAGAAUUAUUUUGCCACUGUUGAUUACUAUACCUUAAAAUUCUAUAUUAUGAAAAUAUAUAAUAGCUUGUAUGCUUCAGUA